GGGAGCUGAGCCAUGCUGGCAGAGCCGGGCCCUGCAAGAGGCAGCGCAGAGAGCAACGGGCCCCAUGGAUUCCCAGGGCUCACAGCUCCUCCGAGCGAUGGGCGUACCCGGCGCAGCAGCGGCUGCUACCCUCUCAACCCAGAGCGCCUCAAGCAGGGCAGGCUGCACGUGGAGAGAGCCGUCAAGCAAAGGAAGAUCUUCAUGCUGCAUGGCCCGUACCCCGUGAUCCGGAGACUGCUGCGCAGCCGGGGCUGGGUGGAGAAGAAGGCCCCCAAGGCGGCACACAGAUGGGAACGAGCGCCUGAUGGCGAGGAGGAUGGGGAGGGGGAUGACAGCGACGGUGCCGAGGAGGACGAGGAGGGCGAGGAAGAGGAGGAGCAGGAUGAUGACCCUGAUGGCACCUAUGACCUCAUGUCGCGGCUGGUUCGCAACCAGAUGCCCUAUUUCAUCUGGACUAACCGGCGAGAUGCCAUCGACUGCCGCUUCCUGCGCAAGGAGCAGGUGAUGAACCACUACGCCAAGGCGGGCUCCUUCACCACCAAGGUGGGGCUGUGUCUGAACCUGCGGAACCUGCCUUGGUUCGACCAGGCCGAUGCCGACACCUUCUUCCCCCGCUGCUACCGGCUGGGUGCCGCGGAUGAGAAGCACGCCUUCAUCGAGGAUUUCUGGCUCACUGCCGCCCGGAGCAUCCUCAAAGUGGUGGUGAAAAGAUACUGGAGCGCAGCUGCCCGGGGGGCUGGGGCAGCGGCGGCUUCCAGCGCACAGGGGCCCAUGAAGGCCGGCGAGUCCGCAGAGUCCCCGAGAGAGACUGGUGGGAAGAAGGGCAGCCCCCUGCCACCGCAGCUCAUCGAGACGGCCCUGCAGGCCUGCGAGGAGCACCUGAGCAGCCUGACGCACCAGGAUAUCGACAGGGAGCCCGAGUCCCCUCUCUGCAUGACGGGGGCACGCUGGGGGGACUUCCUGCGCGCCUACUACCAGGUGAUUCACGAAGGGGCACUCCUGGACCAGCUGGGCUCCCAUGUCGAACAGUGCGAGCACGUCCUGCAGCGCCUGGCCGAGGUGCUCCCACAGCUGGAGAUGGAGGGGGACCGCAAUAUCUGGAUUGUGAAGCCAGGCGCCAAGUCGCGGGGCAGAGGAAUCAUCUGCAUGGACCGCCUGGAGGAGAUGCUGAAGCUGGUGGAUUGCGACCCCAUGAUCGUGAAGGACGGCAAGUGGGUGGUGCAGAAAUACAUCGAGAGACCCCUGCUCAUCCACAACACCAAGUUCGACCUGCGGCAGUGGUUCCUGGUGACGGACUGGAACCCGCUCACCAUCUGGUUCUACCGAGACAGCUACCUCCGCUUCUGCACACAGCCCUUCUCCCUGCACAACCUGGACACCUCCAUCCACCUGUGCAAUAACUCCAUCCAGAGGCACUACGAGAACUCGCUGAGCCGCCACCCCCAGCUGCCCCCCGACAACAUGUGGUCAUCGCAGCAGUUCCAGGCCCACCUCCAGCAGGCGGGGGCGGCAGGCGCCUGGCAGGAGGUGAUCGUCCCGGGCAUGAAGGCGGCCAUCAUCCACACCAUGCAGACCUCCCAGGACGUGGUGGAGUUCCGCAAGAGCAGCUUUGAGCUAUACGGGGCAGACUUCAUGUUCGGGGAGAAUUGCCAGCCCUGGCUGAUCGAGAUCAACGCCAGCCCCACCAUGGCGGCCUCCACGGCCGUGACCAGCCGGCUGUGCGCCAGCGUUCAGGAGGACACGCUCCGUGUGGUCAUUGACCGCAAGCAUGACCGCAGCUGCCACACGGGGGCCUUUGAGCUCAUCUACAAGCAGGCGGCUGUCGACGUGCCCCAAUACAUAGGAAUAAGCCUUUUGGUGGAAGGAUCCACUGUCAAAAAGCCACGGCCUCCAAACCACAGACUCUCCCCCAGUGCCAGCCCCAGGCCGGGCCCCAGCUGCCCGCAGCACUUCCAAGCACUCCCACAGAGCUCCCCUCGUGGGCCCAGGGCUCCACAGCUCGCCAGGGCCGCCAGGCCCCCAGCACCAGUCAGCGGCAAGGAGAACAGAGCCAGGGAGCUGGGGGCCGCCAACAGGGCCUCUGCUGCAGCUGGCACCCGGCUGAAGCUGCCCAGCAAGGUGCGAGCAGAGCCAGGCAAGAGGCUGCUGGAGCUGCACAGCACGGCCACCUCCCCGCUGGGGGACAAGCUGGUGCCGCUGGGCCAGCCCAGGCUCUGUCCCAAGUGCAGCUCCCAGGUGCCAGUCCCCAGCCCCAGGGCACCCCCACGCCUCCAGCUCAGCAAGGCCAACGGCCCCAAGGGGCAGCUGCAGAGGCCAGCCCGGCAGCCAGGCCCCCCAGAGAUGCGCAGGCUCCAAGGCCUCUGCUGCCCUGCUGGAAACCCCUGGGCUGGUUUGCACCUGCUCAGCAGCUGGCCCCACCCUGGCAGCAAGGCAGUCACCUCCAGCAGUGAACCCCUGAGUGCUCGGGGCAUGGCCCUCUGCCCUGCUCACCUGCUCUGAGGCCAGGAGCCCACCUGGCUCUGCCGGAGUCACCCUCCCGCAGGACUGGCCUCAGCUGAGGCCCCACAGCAGCAAGGGGCAGUGGGUUGCCCCAUACUGUUGGACUCUGCCUGUGAAACCAUCCUGUGGGGGGCUGGGCGCAUGUCUGAGGGCACCUGGCACUGCAGAAGGCAGAGUAGCCCCCCCCCAAGGACCCCCAGAGUGGAGAGGGGGCAGGGCAGAGAACAGUGUCAGCAGCUGGUGCUUUGGCUGUAGCCCCCGGGGCUGAGGCAGAGAAGGAGCAAGGUGGGGGGAGGAUGCCCUGAGACCAUGGCGCAAGCGGUCGGGGGGCUGGAACUAGGAGUGCAGGGGUUUGCCGUUUGGCUCAGCACCCCUGCAAGCGGCCAGCCUGGCACUGGUGGGAGGGGAACAUGGUACAGCACGGCCUGGGGCGCAGUGGAGACAGGCCAGGACCUGCACCCUAAUCCCUUCACUGCAAGCUGCCCCCUAAGGCAG